AUGCCCCACCCUCGCUCCUGGCAGUCAUCACCACCCUUACUAAGCCCUCCACUAAUCAUCAUUCUCUUUCCCAUCGUAAUUAUAACGAUCCUCUUCCUCGCCCUGCCGCCGCUCUUCUCCGCCGCCACGCGUAUCGUACGCCCAGCCUCCAUCAAGACCAGCUGGGACUCUGUCAACAUCCUCCUCGUUGUUUUCGCAAUCCUGUGCGGCGUCUUUGCCAGGCGAAACGACGACGAACAGUCCCAAAAUAAUAAUCACGACGACGCCGUUCCGGAUCGAAACACUGCGUUUCGUCAAGUGCCUUCACAAGGACAGUCGCAGUGGCUUGGGUUCCCCGAGGAGAGAAAGGUGUACGGUAAUGAUACCCCUCACAACCGGUUUCAGUCACCGGAAACCGGUGCUACCCGGUUGAGAAUGAGAAGAAACAGCAGCUCUUAUCCAGAUCUGCGUCAGUUGGAAACCGGCGAUGACCGGUACAAGUUCCGCUUCUUCGAUGAUUUUGAAAUCGACAAGCAGUUCCGCUCGCCUGCUAGGGACUAUUUCCCCGCCGUCGACCACCGUAAACGAUGGCCGGAAUCACCACUGUCAUCACAACCUCAACCACAACAUCAACAUCAACGACAAGAAGAGCGACAAGAAGAGCAUCAAGAUCGAGUGAAGGAAAUUCUGGUUGAUACCUUCGAAAUUCAUCCUUCAUCGCCGCCGGUGAAGUCAAUUACGCCACCUCCUCCACCACCACCGCCACCUCCUCUCCAGGAAUCGGCUCGUCGCAAUACGCGACGGUCGCAUAGGAAAACAGAGAGAGACAGUGAGAUAACCGUCGAGCUCGAAGAGCGCGAGUUCACGACGAUCCGUUCUCCGCCUCCGACUCCUCUGACGCCGCCUCCGCCUUCUGCGAAGGAGCGAUCGGAGCGGAAGAGCGACCGAAAGAAGAGCAACGUGAAGAGAGAGAUAGCGAUGGUUUGGGCUUCAGUCCUCUCCAACCAGAGAAAGAAAAAGAAGAAACAAAGUACAAAAUAUAACCGCAAUCAAAGUGACGAAGAUAACGCUGACGAAAUGACGACCAGCGCGACAGUGCCACCCCCACCCCCUCCUCCGCCACUACCUUCAAUGCUUCACAGUCUAUUACGAAAAGGACUAGGCAAGAGCAAGAAAAUCCACUCGGUGUCGCCGCCACCUCCACCGCCGCCUCCUCCGCCGUCGAAGCGGUGGUCAAAGCGCAAAAGCCAGAUCCCUCCUCCGCCAUCUCCUCCUCCGGAGGCUCCUCGCCGGCGAAACAACGGCCGACCACCCCUCCCGAGCAGAACCGUCCAUGUCAACGAAGAGAUUCACGAGACAAUCAACACCGGGAGUCAGUCGCCGCUGAUUCCGGUUCCGCCGCCACCUCCGCCGUUCAAGAUAAAGGCGAUGAAGUUCGUGGUCCGCGGAGAUUUCGUUAGGAUACGUAGCAACCAGAGCUCCCGGUGUAGCUCUCCAGAACGCGACGACAUUAUCAAUUUUUCAACUACACUGAACGACGGCGUUAAUGACGGCGUCAAGAACAGCGCUACGGAUGGUAACGGUGUUUUCUGUCCCAGUCCAGAUGUGAACGUUAAGGCUGCAUCUUUCAUCGCUCGGCUUAGGGGAGAGUGGAAGCUCGAAAAACUUAACUCGUUGAAAGAGAAGAGCAAUGCCUCAUUGCCUCGUAGCUUGUAA